CAGUGAUUUGGAAAGAUGUAAAUAAUAGCCUCCCGGUCGUUUCAUUGCUCAGACGUAACAAAUAUAACCUUGAUUUACCGGUCCGCGUGUUUUUAAAGAUAUUGUUUACAUACACUGUAUCGUAAAAUAUUUUUCUUUUCAAUUUAGUGCCUAUUAAAUUGAACGAACGACUCUCAUUGGGUUAUAGCGUGAAUGAGGGUGUUAAAAUUUUAAAACGCGUAGCGGAAAUAAAAUAUUUCGCGUUUAGAAGUGGGACUAUUUUUCGCUCGCGCAUGUAUUUGUGAAAGCAACCCAAACAACAGUUAAUGAGGUUGAGUCAAGUGUUGUACUAUAAUACAGUUCAGUAUCGUUGUUGUAUCGACGUAAGGGGAUUGUGCUACAAGGUUUUGUGGAGUAUUUGUUUCCCAACGAAGUUUGUUUAUGUUAAAUUCGUAUCUUUAUAAAUGCCGGAAAUGCCGUCUGCCGAUAUGCGUACAAUGACAACAGUGAGUGUUCCCGUUCCUAUAAAAAGUUCCGAGUUGACUGUAUCGUCCAAAGAUGUGGAAAGUUUAGUGCUUGAAAUAAAGGAGAAUCUUAGGCUAUCUUCCGGAACCGCAGCAAAAGCAGUCUCCUGCAGUCAUCUUUCACGAAAGUCAUCACGAGCUUCCCCAUAUCGCAUUCCAGGAAAAUAUUAUGGUUCCAGUUCCUGUGACACAAACUGCGUCCCACGUAACAAACGUAAACAAGAUACGGGCCACGAAGAUCCUUAUGAACUUUUACAGAAGUUAUUAAACAAUGGUAACUUAGUUAGCGAAGCGGUUCGCAGAGUUCAAUUAGGUUUAACUCCUAAACAAAAAUUUUACUAUGAUUCAGAUGAGGAAUCAUCUAGAAGUCCUAUUUUUCGGUUUUACCAAGACCUGUGAAUAUUCGUUUUCGUUUAAAAAAGUAUUUAUUACAAAUUAUAUGUUCCUUUUAUUUAAAAGCAGAGUAGAGUAUGGCAGUAAAAGUGAAUGCCGGAGAUCUGAAGAUGUAAAUGUUUAAUAAUAUAGCCUAAGCCAAUAUGAACAAAUAUAAGUUUGUUCGUUUUUGAGUGAAGUUUGAUUUUGUGUAUAUAUUAGUGCAUUUUUAGUUUUAAAGUUUUUGAGUUUGUUUGUAUUUUAAGAACAAUCUAGGAAAUUACCUUUCUCUGUUUUUAUUUAUUUUAAUAUUCUACGCUUAUAAUGUUUGAAUCUAAAUAUGUUAGCAAAACGCUACAUGUUUUACGCUUAUUUAAAAGUUCAUCGUUUUGCAUAAUGUUUUGUUUGUUAGAAUUUAAUAAUUUAUAAAUAUCAGUUUUUAAGUACUUUGUCUGUGAUCACCAUUCUAUUUGAUCCUUUAUACAACAAAAUAAGUUUUUUUUAUAUUUCUAAAUAAUUGGCACUGUCCGGUAAUGUUUCUUUCUGUAGCAAAUACCCUUGUUUGUGUAAUUGGAGGCAAAAAUUAGUUUAUAAACGUUUAGUAAAAUUAAUUUCAAUUAUAUUUUAUUUUUAGGCGAGGGUUUUAGUAAUAAUUGUAUUCCUGUUUUGUAACUAGUUAAUGAGAAAUAAUAACUUUUCAAUAAUAGUGAAGAUUGACAAAAAGUACGGGCUUUGGGUCUUGGAAAGAUUGGUACUUUUGUGUAAAUUAAUCUGUGAUUUUAGUAUGUAUACCUACUCGGAGUAAUACAGUGGUGACCUGUAAAAUGUUAUCAAAUAAAUGCGUAAAAAAUUGUAUUCUAUUUU